UCUUUCAAAUUUGGACGUUAUUCGUAAGUCGACGGCUGUACGCCCCUUCCCGGGAGAUAGACAACCAGUACCCAAUCGCACACAUCACAUAGUAGCUGCCAUUGAAGGCUUCUUUCGCUCGCUUGCGCUUGUGGGCGAGAAUGAGUUACAAGACACGCUUAGUUUGUUGACACUCUGGUUCAAAUUCGGUGCUCAAUCGGACAUCACUAUUGCCAUGGUCAACGGAUUCAAAACCGUUACUUGUGAUAUGUGGCUCGAUGUCGUUCCCCAGAUUAUUGCCAGGAUUCAAACGCCUAAUCCCAGUGUGAGGAGUGCUCUCACUCGUCUGCAUACAGACAUCGGUUUAGAGCACCCGCAAGCUCUUAUCUUUCCUUUGACUGUUGGCGCUAAAUCUCCUAGUCUCCCGCAACAAAGGGCAGCUUUGGAAAUAUUAAAUCAAAUGUAACUCUCAUAGCCGGACCCUCUUGGAACAGGGCAAGCUUGUGGCGCGAGAACUGAGUCGCAUCGCUAUUAACUGGGGGGAAUUAUGGUAUGAAGCACUGCAAAAA